ACAGCUGCCGUGCUAAACAAAACAGCUGUCAGCGAAAAAAAAAUGUAAACACUAGCAAACAAUUACCGAGAACUAAGAAAAAUUUUAUAAUUUCUAAUUAAUCGACAAAUUAUUAAUUAAAAAUAUGUCUAAAGUAAAUAAAACGGCUUUAAAUUUAAAACAGUUUAUGCUGCGCCAAGAGGUCUUGAAACUAUAUCGUGAUAUAUUUCGCACCAUACGUUUAGUACCCGAUACCAAUAGUCAACAGGAAUUGCGCACCUGGGCUAGACAAGAUUUUCGUGUUAAUCAACAGCAAACCGAUGAGGUGGCCAUUAAAAUGUUACUACAAUACGGUAGACGUAGUUUAAAUGAAUUACGACAAAGUCUGCAUUUAAGUGGUGUUUGUAAUGAGGAUAAGAAAUGAUACGAUGAGUGGACGAAUGGAGGUUGGAGAAAGAAGGAAAAAAACUACAAGUGCUGAUAUUUGGUUUAAUAUAAUUGCUUUGGUUUUUCUUAUAA